AUGCCUGGUGGUAAAGGUGGCAAGACAGGCGGCAAGGCUGAUGCCUCUGCCAAACCCGCAAAGUCGCACUCUGCCAAAGCCGGCCUCCAAUUCCCCUGCGGUCGCAUAAAGCGCCAUCUUCGCAACCUGACGCGCCACAAGACGCGCAUUGGCGCCAAAGCCGCCAUCUACCUGACCGCCGUCCUCGAAUACCUUACCGCCGAAGUUCUCGAACUGGCCGGAAACGCGGCAAAGGAUCUCAAAGUCAAGCGCAUUACCCCACGUCACCUUCAGCUCGCGAUCCGUGGCGAUGAGGAAUUGGAUACCCUGAUCCGCGCCACCAUCGCCUUCGGAGGUGUACUGCCACACAUCAACCGCGCGUUGCUACUGAAGGUGGAGCAGAAGAAGAAGAGCAAGGCCAUCGAUGCAUAG